AAUUUACAAAACACUCCAAUAUUUUAUAUUUACUUUGGGUUUGGACCACAUUAUAUUUAUUAUUUAUUAACACACGCACUCUCGCGUCCGCGGUCGACUCGGACAAUCAUAAUCGUGGCAAACCUGGUCCGAAGUCACUGUGGAUCUUUCUCCAUCGGUGGGAGUUUGUUUCUUCGCUCAUUCAUGUGAAGACUUGUUGUUGUAUUGCCUAGCUAUUUCUUUUGCUAGCUAUUUCUUUCGGAAAUUGAACGGAGCAAGCAUACGUUGUGAAAUGCCACUGCUUGUUUUGUUGAGGCAGAUUCAUUUUUGAUUCUGGGUGAUAAAUUUCCUCCUUUAUUUCUCCGUUGCUAUUAAUCUCUGGAUUAUGACCUUCGAAUGCAUUCGUUGGGCAAGAGAAAUUUCUUAGCUGUUACCAGAUUAGUGUUUACUAGUUCGCGUUACAGAAUCCCCUUGUCUGCGACCUUUAUCACCAAGUGUUCGACGUUAUGCCUGGAUGAAGCUGAAAAAUGCGUUGACGAUUCUGGGCUGUCGGUUGUGUCGUCUAAGAAACUGAAUCACAGAAAAGAAGGUAAUUGUGUUGGAGAAGUUAGUGAUAAAGAGAGAGUGAGAGAGAUUCUUAGUCCUUUACAAGUUCUACGGAGAUGGGGUUGUGAUGAUGAUGAAAUAUCAAAGCUUUUCACUCGUAGGCCUUCUUUGCAGAGAGCCAAUGUCUCUCAACUAGAGUUUAAGUUAAGCCUUCUUAAGCCUUUGGGAAUCACAUCUUCAGACCUUGUGAAGAUUCUAAAUUGUCGGCCAAGGUUCUUUAGCUGCCGUAUUCACCUUGUCCUUGAUGAAAGAAUCAACUACUUCAUGGAGUUUUUGGGGUCAAAAGAGGUGUUGCGCAAAGCCAUUAUCCGGAAUCCCUCGCUCAUGUUGUAUGACCUCGAUCACAAGAUCAAACCCGCGAUAGAGUUCUACAAACGGCUGGGCUUUAGCCAACAGGAUCUUGUCGCAAUGUUGAUAUCUCGACCCACGUUGAUCCCAAGAACAAACUUUAACAAAGAGAAGUUUGAAUACAUUCGGAAAACUGGGGUCACUAGAGAAUCCAAGAUGUUUAAAUAUGUUGCAGCCAUCAUCGGGGUCUCGAGGAUGGAAACAAUCCAAGAGAAAGUUGGAAACUUGGAAAAGUUUGGGUUCUCGGAAGAAGAGAUUUGGCAUCUGUGUGGAAAAUGCCCAAUUCUUCUCACUCUUUCAGUUGAGAAAGUUCAGAGAAACAUGACUUUCGUCAUAGCCUCAAUGAAACUUCCAGCUCAUUCGGUGAUUAGGCACCCUUGUUUGCUUCUCCUCAACCUGGAGACUCAUCUAAAACCUCGUGCGGAUCUCGUUAAGAGAGUCUUGGAAAUGCGUCUACAGCCACUAAUAAAAGAAGUGAACAUUUUCAGAGCGCUGAGGAUGAGCGAGGAACGGUUCUUGAAGGUAUAUGUAAUGUGUCAUUCACAAGAUAUUGCAGCCGAGCUGAUGGAGUUUUAUGAGAAAUCCAAAAACAUGAAACGUUUGGCUGAGAAAUCCAAGAAAUACAUCCGUAAAGGAUUCCCCUUUUGAAUCUCUUUUUCAUUGGCCACUAUUCCAUUUUUUUCUUGUUUUCUGAAUUUGUUAAUUACAGAUGUAACAUUGUGUAGAAUUUUUCGAUCUUCCAAAUUUUGUAGAAGGUGGUCCACAUUGCAUUUCAUGGUGUUCUUCUUAUCCAAGAGUUGCUCAGAUAAUGCAUCAUUUGAUU